AUGGAAAUAUUUUCAGGAGUUGUAAUUAGCGUUAUCGGGUCUAUUGCAUUGACCAAAGGUUAUAAAAAAAUCAAUAGUAUCUUAUAUGUUAAAGAUUAUUCAGCCGCUAAAGGAAAUUAUAUAAGAGAUAUUUUGAAUCCAGAACUAUUUAAAGACAGAGAUCUAAGUAUCUUUGAAAUCAAGAAAGAUGAGGAUUAUAAUGAGGAUGAUGACAAUGAUAACGAUAGAGUGAUAAUUAACAUUUGGGAAAUAAAUAAGAAAAAUCUAGAUUUACAAAGGUUAAAAUAUCAAUUUAUUAAAAUUAAAAAAAAAGAAUGGGAAAUGAACAAUGCAAUUGAUGGCUCGAAUAUUUGUAUUAUUAAUUUAGGAGAUGACAUGUUUUUCAGAAAGCCUAAAAUUUCAUUCAAAAAUAUUGAAACAAAGAGAGCAGUUGAGUCGAAUAUUUUAUCAGAAGAAAAUGAGGAUACUGAUGAGCCAGGAAUCAGUCAUAAUAUAGAAGGAAACAAUACUGACGAGUUUGCAGAAUUCUUUGAGCUUAGUUCUAUGGGAUAUGAUAUCAGAACAUUGAAAACAAUUGAAUUGAAUAAUAAAAAAGGCGAUAAGGAAACUGAGUUUAUAAUAUCAGAGAUUGAUGAGGAAACUAUCCCAUCAAAGCUACAUAAAAAACUACAGAAAUCGAAAUCACGAAAUGCCAACAAAAACAACGACGGGAUACUGAAGUACUCCUGGAAAAACACUAGUGGGUAUCUCGAGAGAAUCAUCAGGAGGGAAGAAGAGUACGACGAGGGAUAUGAAAGAAUAGCUGUUGGUGAGAGCCUCAACGAGAAGCAAAUUAACUUCAAAAUCAGACUCGACACCAAAUGCUGCGACGAGAAAAUCAUUCUUGCAUCGUCCUUUGUCCAGAUUAUGCGCGGUUCUUGGGACAAGACCCUGAUGUUGGCCAAAGAGCUCAGGACACGAAAAGCAUCAGUUUUGAGAAAAGCCGCAGCGUUCUGGUACAAGCCCUGA